CCAACAGCAUCACCGCCUUGUUUACAAGAUUUUUGCAGCCUACGAUUGUUUCAAUCAACAUGUGAUUUCUUGGUCGAACAGAGUAGUUUUUCCCUUUUCAUCUUUAUUUUCCAACUUAUUAAGCCAUCCGCGCAGUUGCUUGCUUUCUUUGCAUAUUUACUGUGAUUUGUGCGAGUGACGUUUGUGUGUUUUUUCUGACUAAAAGUUCUCUGUGUGCUUCGUACGCUUUACAAAAACAAAAGUGUUUUGGAUUCGUUGGUGCUUUUUUUUCAUCAGGUUAAAAGCAGCAAGUGCUCAAUUAUACAUUGGCGAAGUGAACGUGAAUACGCUGAUGUAACUUUACAUAUAAUGAUGGAGAACCGCGCCUUUGACGAUGAGCAAAGACGGCUUCAUCAGGCGCAAAUGCAAUACCACCAACAACAAGCGAAUCUUCAACAGCAGCAGCUGCAGCAGCAGCAUGUCUACCCGAAUCAACAGCAGUUACACAUGCAGGACAACUCGAUGGAUUUUCGACUGCUGCAGCAGUCCUACAACAGCGGGGCCUAUCACAAUCAGCAGCCACAUCAGAUGCCGUCCGAGUCGCAUCACCUGUACGAGGACAUCGUGCAUCCUUACGCGACGAGCGCCAGCUUUCAGCGCAAUCUCACCCUGCCGUUGCGCAACAACAAGAGCUGCGAGUCCCUCGACAAACUGGCCUCCUCGGUCAGAGUCACCAGCCGGGAGAGGACUUUGAUCGUCGACAGAAUAAAUAGGGACGACACGCUAGAAGAUUGUCGGCCGCACAGCGAAACCGACAGCGCAGCUAGUGACAGGCAGCAGCGUAACAAUAGGAGGCCCAAAAAGGACUGCAGACAUUGCAAAAGUCGAGUUUCGCCGAGCGACAAUCAUCGACACUCGCAAAUGCCACUGCAGUUAAACAUGCAAACGCCGCAGAAGCUCCAGCAUCAGCAGCAGCAGCAAAUCUACGGAGAACAGACAAUUUAUGGUCUAGAUCCGAGCGCUUACGGUUUGCCACAUCCCGAUUAUCUCGGUCCCGGUGUCGUCUACGCGAUCGGAUGCAACAGCAACGAUUGCGGCAGUCACUUGGUGAGCUGCAGUAGUAGCGGCGAAAGCGCGGGUACACUGCCCAGGUUUAACAACCAUUCGCAGGAAAGUUCGUUCGACGGUAAAGCCUUAAUAGCACAACCCAAAGGAAAUCGAGCUGGCAUGAAGAUCAAUUCGAUUUACGCACAAGAUCAAUGGCACCUCGGCAAAGAUCCUGGACUCUUUAUCGGAGAAUCCAAAAACCAAAGCUCACCUUUCCAACGAGUAUACUCAUCGUCCUCCUCGUCGACGACCGCCAAUCGAAACCAGCAGAGCCACGACGAGUCCAGCAGCUCGUCUCGACCACGACUACGAAAGUUGCGAAACGGCUGGAUGUUGCAGUUUGGCCGGCCCUUCGUCGAUGGCACCCGCUGCACUAAGUCCUUGGCUCUAUUAUUGGUACUGAUGCUGGCGUUGCUCGGCAUCGGUGGCAUUGCUCUGUACAUAGUAUUCGAACCCGACAAGCUGCAAGUGAUCCAACAGUAUUUGCGCUCCAGUGGCGCUAACAACAGCAACAGUAUCAACAGCAGUCAAAUUACGAACUCGACCUACCUAGACCAAGCAAUUUUUUCGUCAACUUCGCAGCCCGCGACGUCACCGGUGAUUUUCGACGUUAUCGGCUUCGGUGCGAGCUCCUCGUCUUCGUCGUAUCCAGCUGUUCAGCCUCCCAUCAUAUUCGAUAAUAAUGUGCCUGGUGUAGAGCUCGAGCCAGUUUUUAUUCCUACGAGCACUACGACAAGAAAGCCCGUUGUAAGGACGACCACUCCAACUACUACGACUUUGGCCACUACGACCACCACAACAACGACGACUACUACUACUACAACCACUACAACGGAAAGACCUAGAACGACGACUAUUUUAUCGUCCACCGAUGGAAUGACGUCAUUGAAAAAAUUUACGAUGAAGCAACACUAUCGUACAAGAAAGCCACGCAGGUCGUGCGCAGAUUGUCUCGACGAUGAGGUUUGCGUCGCCAAGGAGCCCAAUGAGCAACCUUAUUGUCACUUAAAAAUUCAUGCCAACAGCACAUUGGACGCCUGCUCUGGCGUGUGUAAUCUUAGAACCCACAAAUGUCACAAACUCGCAAAGGAUGCCUACAGGUGCAUAGAUCUCGAGCAUCACUGCCUAGAAGACGAAUGGACGUGCAAUAAUUCUCUUUGCAUACCCUUGGUCAAGCGCUGCGACGGCCAAAUGAAUUGUUACGACCAUUCGGACGAGUAUAAUUGUGAAUGUAAUUUGGAGACUCACUUUCACUGUGGAAACCAAACAUCUUGCCUACCUCUAAAAAAGAAAUGCGAUGGACAAGUUGAUUGUUUUGAUGCGUCGGAUGAGAUGAACUGUACAUCUAGUCAUGAAUCUUGCCCACAUAAAGAUGAUUUCCAAUGUUGGAACAAAGAAAAGUGCAUAAGAGGCAAUCGCUUCUGUGAUGGAUAUGUCGAUUGCAGCGAUGGGUCUGACGAACCUCAUCCAUGCCAGCAUCGUUGCAAUAAAUACGAGUUUGCUUGCCGCAAUGCCAGAUGUAUAAAAAAAGAUGAUCGAUGUAACGGCAUAGAUGACUGCGGUGACGGUAGUGACGAACAGCAUUGCAGAGAACAUCGGUCGUAAAGUUAAAUCAUAGGAAUUUACAAAGUGACUCUAUAAUGUAACUAUUUUAGAUAAAAAAUGUUAAAAUGUAAAUAAAUAUUUUAGUUUUUUUGUGAAAGUGAACAUCCAAGUUUGCGUCAUCGUUGAACGUGACUUGGUGUGAAAAUUUUCGAUUUCAGUAUUUUUGUAUACUAUAAAUAGGAUUUGUUGAUUGAUAAACUGUAAAUAUAUUAUGUGAUGCGAUAAUAAUAACGAAUUAUAUUUUUAUAAAAUAAGAACGUUCAGGUAUGAAAUAAGAAAGUGUGAUUCCUCGUUUGAAAUAUUGUUUUAUCAUACUUGUUAUUAUAAUAGUGAUAUUCUCAUACAUUUAAUGAUGCAUUUAUGACAAAUUACGUCAUUGUGUCGUGUACAUGAACUUGUUUUUUUACGCAAUGUAUGAUAUCGUACUGAAUAUAAUAUAGUUGUAUAUAAGAACGUAAAAAUAAUAGUGAAAUAAAAAAAUGAUAAUUUAUAA